UGACCUCCGGAGGUCCCCGGUAGGGAGUGAGGCAAAUGUCCGUCUCGCCGCCCCAAAGGAUGUGGACCGCCGACGAGGUGGCCGCCCUGUGCUACAGCCACUACGACGCCCGGCUGCCUAAGCAAGGGAAGCCGGCGGCUGGUCGAGAGUGGACUCUGCUGGCGGCGGUGCUGCAGGUGGAGAGCGCAGAAAUUAAGGCGAUUGUUGCCAUGGGAACUGGAACGAAAUGCAUUGGGCAGUCAGAAAUGAGGAAGACUGGUAAGCAGCCCCCUUCCCACCUGCUGGAGCCCGCUGAGCUAGGUCCCCCCUCCUCACAAGCCCCUUGGAAUGGAGCAAGGGCAGCUGCACACUGGUGUGGCUACGUGCUUGGCUUCCCCCUGGAGAGGAACCGUGUCGGGCUUACUCUGUUGGUUUUGGUGGUGCUGCUUCUGCAGGAGACAUCCUCAAUGACAGUCAUGCUGAAGUGGUGGCCAAGAGGAGCUUCCAGAGGUGGGGAUGCUUCAAUUAUCCCAGUCUUGGAAGUGGAAGCACAGCCUUGCCAGCCACUGAAGCCAUCAAAGGCAGCUAAGAGGAGCAUCAGUGACUAUGGGCCUCUGGCAGCUGAAAGGGAGUCUGAAGAGACGGCAGCUGACCAUUUCCCCAAGAGACAGAAAGUCUGUGGUGCUGAGCUCCCUGCCGAGAACCGUGUAGGAACCAAAGUGGUGGAUGUCCACAGGACUGGGGCCAAGUGUGUCCCAGGAGAGGCAGGGGAUUCCCAGCGGCCAGGUGGCGACUACCACACCGUGGGGCUUCUACGGAUCAAGCCGGGCCGUGGGGCCCAGACAGCCUCCAUGUCUUGCAGUGAUAAGCUGUUGCACUGGAAUGUCCUUGGCUGCCAGGGAGCCCUCCUGAUGCAUUUCCUCCAGCAGCCCAUCUACUUUUCAGCCAUGGUUGUGGGCCAUUGUCCCUACAGCCAGGAGGCCCUGCAGAGGGCCAUCGUUGCAAGGGGUCUGCCUGUUUUGUGUUUGCCGGAUGGCUUCCGAGUUCAGGAGGUGGAAAUCCUGCAGUCCCAGUUGGGCUUCAUCCACAGCCGUGAAGCAGUCCAGGCCAACCAUGCUGUGCGUCAAGGGAAGGUGGUACCCUGCGGGGCAGCUAUCAGCUGGAGUGCUGUUCCAGAGCACCCACUCGAUGUCACUUCACAUGGCUUCAAGCAGGGGUCAACUAAGAAAGUGAUUGGAAGCCCAAAGUCCAGGUCUCAAAUCUGCAAGGUGGAACUCUUUCAUGCAUUCCUGAAGCUGGCGGCCAGCAUUCCACAGGAAAAACUGCCAAAAACUCUCAGAGAGAAGAAAUUAAAGACUUACUGGGAGUAUAAGGAAGCCGCUGCCAGUUACCAAGAAGCCUGGAAAGCACUGCACAGCCAAGCUUUGGGCUGCUGGGUGAGGAACAGUCGGGAUUACCUGCACUUCACGUGAGAGGAGGAAGUUGCACUGUGACACCUGGCUCAGAGGCAAGACUGCCUCACCUAGGGGGUGGGAUGUUACUGGUCCCUCCUGUGACUGACAGGCAUAGAGCUGCAAUGAUUUAAACUUGCAACAUUAAAAUUCUUGAAACUUCUUUUUAAACCACCAAGACUCUUACAUACUUAGCCACCCCCAUCCUUUGCAUUUUAACAAAAGGGCAUACUAAAACAAGGUAGCAGCCCAUGAACCCUGUUACUUAAUUGUUGCAGCAUGGUCUUUUCCGUUUUUGACUUUAUGUAACUUGGGCGUGACUGAGGUUAUCAAGUGAGGCUGAGAUUGCAAACAACUCUUGCAAAUCUAUUGUUAAUUGACUGUAGUAGACAAAAAGUGGGAUCUAAUUGUGUAAUGUUAGACCUUGAUAUGAUUUGCAGUUCUGGUACUCAAUAUGAAUAAUUUUAGUUGUAUACCCAUUUUAAGAAGGUAUUAUUUAGGCUUUUGUUGACAGACGUUUUAGAAACUUAUUGAGUACAGUAAGCCUGCAACUUAUGCACUUUUAACUUGUGUGCAUUCAGCUUUAUGCACUUUGCAAU